AUGGCAAAAGCACCAGCGAUUGGAAUCGAUCUGGGGACCACGUUCUCAUGUGUGGGUGUAUUCCAAAACAACAAGGUGGAAAUCAUUGCAAAUGACCAAGGGAACCGCACAACUCCGAGUUAUGUGGCCUUUACUGAGACCGAACGUUUGAUUGGUGAUGCGGCCAAGAACCAGGUUGCUAUGAAUCCAGCUAACACGGUCUUCGAUGCCAAACGCUUAAUCGGUCGUAGGUACGAUGACCCUACUGUUCAAGAGGAUCGUAAAAUGUGGCCAUUCACAUUGAUUGAAGAAAACGGCAAACCGAAGAUCCAGGUCGAAUACAAAGGUCAAAAGAAAACGUUCUUUGCUGAAGAGAUAUCCUCGAUGGUGUUGACAAAGAUGAAGGAAGUCGCGGAAGCCUAUUUGGGGAAGACGGUCAGUGAGGCAGUCAUCACUGUGCCGGCCUACUUCAAUGAUAGUCAAAGGCAGGCCACGAAGGAUGCAGGGACGAUUGCCGGUCUAAACGUUCUACGGAUUAUCAAUGAACCAACAGCAGCAGCUAUUGCUUAUGGCCUGGAUAAGAAGGCCGGUAACGAAAGAAACGUUCUCAUUUUCGAUCUCGGUGGUGGAACCUUUGACGUUUCGGUGGAUUAUCAAGAACCAACAGCAGCAGCCAUUGCUUAUGGCCUGGAUAAGAAGGCCGGUAACGAAAGAAACGUUCUCAUUUUCGAUCUCGGUGGUGGAACCUUUGACGUUUCGGUGCUGUCCAUCGAAGAGGGUAUAUUUGAAGUAAAAUCCACUGCCGGCGAUACACAUUUAGGCGGGGAAGACUUCGACACCCGACUGGUGAACCAUUUCAUUCAAGAGUUUAAGAGAAAACACAAGAAGGACCUGUCAGAAAACAAACGCGCUCUGCGUCGACUGCGAACAGCCUGUGAACGUGCCAAACGAACUUUGAGUUCAAGUGCACAGGCCAAUGUCGAGAUUGAUUCGCUUUUUGAAGGACUAGACUUUUAUACCACCAUUACUCGCGCCCGAUUCGAGGAACUCAACGCUGAUUUGUUCCGAAGUACUUUGGACCCAGUCGAAAAAGCGCUAAGAGACGCCAAAAUGAACAAGUCGCAAAUUCACGAGAUUGUUCUCGUGGGUGGUUCAACCCGAAUCCCGAAAAUUCAGAAAUUGCUCCAAGAGUUUUUCAACGGAAAAGAGUUGAACAAAUCUAUCAAUCCUGAUGAAGCAGUAGCCUAUGGAGCUGCCGUUCAGGCCGCAAUUCUUACCGGAGUCCAAUCGGAUACCGUUCAAGACUUGCUGUUACUUGAUGUGACACCUUUGUCCUUAGGUUUGGAAACUGCCGGAGGUGUGAUGACGUCACUGAUCAAACGAAACACGACUAUCCCAACAAAACAAACACAAACGUUUACGACAUACGCAGACAAUCAACCUGGCGUUCUGAUACAGGUUUACGAAGGCGAACGUGCCAUGACCAGGGAUAACAACCUUUUGGGAAAAUUUGAUUUGUCUGGGAUUCCACCUGCCCCUCGAGGUAUACCCCAAAUUGAGGUCACUUUUGACAUUGACGCGAAUGGGAUUCUGAAUGUGUCCGCAGUGGACAAGAGUACGGGUAGACAGAACAAGAUAACGAUUACCAACGAUAAGGGUCGUUUGUCAAAGACAGAGAUUGACCGAAUGGUUUCUGAUGCGGAGCGCUACAAAGCCGAGGAUGAAGCUCAGCGUGAGCGGGUAACAGCAAAGAACGCUUUGGAAAGUUACAUCUAUUCUCUGAAACAAACUACGGAAGACAGUGCAGUUCGUGACCGAAUACCCGCUUCUGAUCGAAACAUGAUCAGUGAGAAGUGUACAGAAUUGUUGCAGUGGAUUGACCACAAUCCGAAUGCCUCCAAAGAAGAGUACGAACGUGCGAGAAAGGACUUGGAGAAGAUUGCAACGCCAGUUAUAACCCGGUUGUAUCAACAAAAUGGUCAUACAACAACAACAACAACAACAACAACCACCGGGACGGGAAGGGAUAAUUCAGGAACACAAAGGGGUCCAGUGAUUGAAGAAGUGGACUGA